CAAGAUCAAAGUCGUUGUCCUCAACACUGCAGAGCAACCGUCGACGGAUCUACAUCGGGCCGCGCCGCCGUCUGGGAUCACGUCGACGUUUGUCAAACCAAAACAACAACACUCGAACAGUCCACCACAGCUGCUCUUCUUUCGAAUUGUGGCAGAUAAAACGUAUGUGGCUGUGCUCAUGCAUGGAUCGUGAGGCAUAUAUGAGAAAUGGGUAUUCCUGGUCUUAUCAAUGCCAUUGGCUCUGGGGAACGCAUUUCUCUGUCAAAGCUAGCUAUCAGUCAUCUGAGAAACAAUAAGCGACCGAUUCGGAUCGCGGUAGAUAUAUCUAUAUGGCUGUUUCAAGUUCAGGCUGGUCGGGGUGGUCGAAACCCGGAACUGCGGACUCUGUUCUACAGACUUCUCAAGUUUCUGGCGCUUCCAAUACAUCCUCUAUUUGUUUAUGAUGGCAGGCAAAAGCCGCCGUUCAAACGAGGCAAGGCUGUUGGCGGCCGCAGUUAUGGCAGUGCCCCUAUCAUUAGUCUGUCUAAAAUAUUGAUUCGACUGUUCAAAUUCCCCAUCCAUGACGCUCCAGGAGAGGCGGAGGCGGAGUGUGCUAGACUGCAAAGAGCAGGAGUUGUUGAUGCCGUGAUGAGCAAUGAUGUCGACGCGUUGAUGUUUGGCUCUAGUUGGACGGUGAUGAACUUUUCAAAGGAACCCGGCAGCGGGACUACAGCUGCCACACAUCUUGAUUGCUAUCGCAUAGGGGGACUUGGUGGACCGCCAAACGUGCCAUUCGACAGGGCUGGCAUGAUACUUUUUGCAAUGUUGAGUGGCGGUGACUACCUGCCGACUGGCGUCCCGAAAUGCGGAAGCAAGCUAGCUGGAGAAAUCGCCAAGGCAGGGUUUGGGGCAGAUCUAUUGGAAGCACUUGAAUCGGAAGAAUUGAAGCUGGAGUCUAACUUGGCUGAUUGGAGGGAGAGACUUCAAUACGAAUUGGACGAGAACGAAAGCGGGUAUUUCCAAACGAAGCAUAAGGCCGUUCGUAUCCCGGAGGCCUUUCCAGACAGAACCAUUCUAUCCUACUAUGCCAAUCCUGUGGUAUCAACAGAAGAAGAGGCCAAGGCCUUGGAACUGCGUUUGCAAAGUGCGUGGGAUCAGGAAAUCGAUGCUCUGGAGAUCAGACGAUUUACUGCGGAGUACUUCGAGUGGAACUAUCGUUCGGGGGCAAGAAAAAUCAUUAAAUUGCUUGCUGAUCCUCUGGUCUCAUAUCGACUUCGCCUUCAGCGGCCGGUUCUAGCCUUUGGCGCACCGUUGCUCUCGGAACUCGAUACACCCAUCUUGCAGAAAAUCUACAGAAGCCGCACGAGCUUUAGCACAGACGGCCAAACUGAGUUGCAAGUGGACAUGAUUCCUAUCGAUGUGGUGGGGAUUGAUCUGAUGAGCGAAGAAGCAAACCCACAAACCCCAUUACCAGAAUCGGUUGAAUCCGCAGACGAAGAAGACGAACAAGAUCAGACCACAGGACCUGUAACACCAUCUAUAUCUAAAAUUCGUGUUACGAGACGGUACGAUCCUUGUGCUCCUGAAAAGGUGUGGGUAUUCGAAACGAUAGCCGCAAUGGGAAUCCCUGAAGUGGUCGAAAAAUGGAAGAGAGAACAGGCUGAGAAAGCCGGGAAAGCCGGGAAAUCAGCCACUGCGAAAAAAGCGCCUGCUCGCAAGUCUGCACCCAGGAAAAAGGGACCGAUUGAUUCAGGCAUGAAAUCCGGAAGCAUCUUGAAAUACGGCACUUUGUCUAAACAAAAACCUGAGAUGUCUCCUGCCAAACAGGCCCAGCUCCUCCAGGCAGCUGCUUCACCCGCAUCUAGAAACAGCUAUUCUAGCAAGAAAGACAAUUUGAAGUCACCUAACUCGCCUUUCGGGUCAAUGAUGGUGCAAAAUCUGGUUUCCAAAGAGGGGUUUUCUGACUUCCGGAAUCAAGGCCUUGAUGACUUCGUCGAACGGUUCUUCGAGGAAUUCAUUCUCGCCGCUUUGACGAUGGUGAGGUGGAGGCAGUAGCGAUCUCUGUCGUUGAGUCACCACGAGCUUCUCCAAGUGGUAUAAGGGUGAGCUACUCCAAUCUUGAGUAUUACGGUUCAACAUCAACAGUGCAGAGUGUCGAUGAACAGCACA